AAAAUCAUCUCAAGGCAUCGAAAAGAAAACCAAAUGUUUUAUGAAAGAUGUAAAGAACUUUCGUCCACUUUAACACCAGCUGCACUGGGACUGCCUGUGGACUAUUCCUGUCCUUAUAAGGAAACUAUCGAGAAGUUGAAUACGAUGAGUCAGCAAAACACACCAAUUGGAAAGUUAUAUUGUCUACAGGAGACCAUAGAUAAUAUACAAAUUGAUGUUAAGAAUCAUUUCAAAUCGUCACUUAGAAUUGGAGAGCCAGUUCCAUUGCCAUCGGAUGAUCUAAUAUCACUACUGGCAACUAUUAUAGUACAAGCAAAUUUGAAUUUCUUUCCAAGUGAUGUUUAUUAUAUUGAAAACUUUCAUUGGCCAUUCAGCGAAGGAGAGAAGUUGAGUUUUGUACUAGUUACUGUGAGAGCAGCUUUAGAAUUCAUCAAAAGUGCUGACGUCGACAAAUAUUUACCAACAAAACAGAAAAAGAAAACAAGUUUACCCUCUCGAGUGACUCCGCCCAUACAUUCAUCAUUAGCCCCGCCCACUGUACCCCCAUCUUUAUUAAAGCUUCACGACGAGGAGGAGGGGAAAAAGGAGGUUCCUCCAUUAAAUGAAACAUUAGAAAAACUAAAAAGAUUAAGAAUGAUUGAUGAUAAUAUUGUCACUGACAGAAACAACAUGUCAACUAAACCAGAGAAACAGGAGGGACGGUCGUUUUUUGAAAGGUUAAUGUAUGAUGAUGGCGUAAUGAGUUCAGUUGAUUUCCCAAGUCCUUCAAAAUCAUGAACAAAUGAAUGCUACACUCUCCCCCUCCCUCCCUCUUUCCCUGUCUUAUCUCUUGUUGUGAAUGAUUAUUAUAUUAUUAUUAAUUUUAAUUGUGUCACAUGAUUUAUUAUGGUCUUAGCAUAUUUCACCCGUUGUUGAUAAAA